AGUUUUCGGGCGAGGAGGUAGCGCAGUGUAGUAUUUUAUUGAACGGGCUACCUAAAAGUGAAAACAGAAAAAUGUCUAAGACGCUAUCAGCUUCCCAGGCCAAUAAAGAACAUGUUCUGGCCGUGUCCCGGGACUUCAUCUCCCAGCCCCGUUUGACUUACAAGACUGUGUCGGGUGUCAAUGGGCCGCUGGUUAUUCUUGAUGAAGUCAAGUACCCCAAGUUUUCGGAGAUUGUACAGCUGAAACUUGCAGAUGGCACGCUCCGGUCUGGUCAGGUGCUGGAAGUCAGUGGCUCCAAGGCCGUUGUCCAAGUGUUCGAGGGCACCUCGGGCAUCGAUGCGAAAAACACUCUUUGCGAGUUCACAGGCGAUAUUCUUCGCACACCUGUGUCAGAGGACAUGUUGGGCCGCGUUUUCAACGGCUCUGGAAAACCCAUUGACAAAGGGCCCCCAAUCCUAGCUGAAGAUUUCUUGGACAUCCAGGGUCAACCCAUCAACCCCUGGUCACGUAUUUAUCCCGAGGAAAUGAUCCAGACUGGUAUUUCCGCCAUUGACGUGAUGAACUCCAUCGCUCGUGGACAGAAGAUUCCGAUUUUCUCAGCCGCCGGUCUGCCGCACAACGAAAUCGCCGCACAAAUCUGUAGACAAGCUGGUCUUGUCAAGAUCCCCGGCAAAUCAGUUUUGGACGACCACGAGGACAAUUUCGCCAUAGUAUUCGCCGCUAUGGGUGUCAACAUGGAGACUGCUCGGUUCUUCAAGCAGGACUUCGAGGAGAACGGUUCUAUGGAGAAUGUGUGUCUGUUCUUGAACUUGGCCAACGAUCCUACUAUUGAGAGAAUCAUCACACCACGUUUGGCGCUUACUGCUGCUGAGUUCCUGGCUUAUCAGUGCGAGAAACACGUGUUGGUAAUCUUGACGGACAUGUCUUCGUAUGCUGAAGCUUUGCGUGAGGUGUCCGCCGCCCGUGAGGAAGUGCCCGGACGACGUGGUUUCCCAGGUUACAUGUACACGGAUUUGGCCACUAUCUACGAGCGUGCCGGACGUGUAGAAGGCAGGAACGGUUCGAUCACUCAGAUCCCCAUUCUUACUAUGCCUAACGACGACAUCACCCAUCCAAUUCCCGAUUUAACGGGUUACAUUACUGAGGGACAGAUCUACGUAGACCGUCAGCUUCACAACAGGCAGAUUUACCCGCCAGUGAACGUGUUACCGUCUUUGUCUCGUCUCAUGAAGUCCGCUAUCGGCGAGGGAAUGACGCGCAAGGAUCACUCCGAUGUCUCCAACCAGCUGUACGCGUGUUACGCCAUCGGUAAGGACGUGCAGGCGAUGAAGGCCGUCGUCGGCGAGGAAGCUCUCACGCCCGACGACUUACUCUACCUAGAGUUCCUCACCAAGUUCGAGAAGAACUUCAUUACCCAGGGUAACUACGAAAACCGCACAGUAUUCGAGUCUUUGGACAUCGGUUGGCAGUUGCUGCGUAUCUUCCCCAAGGAGAUGUUGAAACGUAUACCCGCGUCCAUCCUCGCAGAGUUCUACCCUCGCGACUCCCGUCACUAAAUUCCAUCCUAAUACGCUGACGAUAUCACUCACAGGUAUACUGAUUAGUCACUUUGUGAGUGACAAACCCAUACUCACGAUUUCUAUAAAAAUAAUAUUACUCAUUUUUGAGAAUUAUUUUUAUUGUUAUUACAUUUAUUGUCGUUUAAAAAUAGAUACAAUUUUAUAUGAAUAUAAUGGAUACAUUUUAUUAUACAUAUUUUAUUAGACUUUCUGUUUAUACAGGAAUAUUAAUGUGAGUGACAUUGUCAGCUAUCAGGAAAUACAAUGUGGAGCGAUGUUCCAAACGAUAUCGAAAAACUUGAUAUUAAAGAUGGAACAUCUCGUCAUACUAAUUUGUAAAAUAAUAUAUUGUUUAUUAUAAUAGUAAGUUGUUAAUAGUCUAAUGUGUAUUACUGUAUUACGAUCAAUAUUGAUGAUGAAAUCGAAAUCGCUAAAUAUGUCUGUAAUCAGCCAUUAUUCCGUCUUGUGUAUAUAAUUUCCUUUAACGAAAAUAGCAUAGGCCUGAAACAAAGAAAUUAUUAAAUCUUACAUAUAUUUUUAAUAGUUGCCAUUUUUUUUCGGUUUGUUGGUGCUUGUAAACACUUUUUUUAAUAACUGAUGCUAAUGCAUUAUAGUUUGUGCACUAAUUGUUAAGAUGUGUUCAAAUCUAAUUGAG